CUUUUCUUUCCUUAUCUAGGAUCCCACUGGGUGAUUGAAAUUCUCUGUCUGAUUCACUCCAAAGGGGAUACCAAGUGGAUUCAAUCUGUGCCCAUCUGGGAACGCGCACCCUGGUUAGAGACAGAUGUGGGCUAUAAAAUGUUAAAUGAGAGAGAGGGUCCACGGCUCCUGGCCUCUCACCUCCCCUUCCAUCUCUUCCCCAAGUCUUUAUUCACUUCCAAGGCCAAGGUGAUAUAUGUUAUGAGAAAUCCCAAAGAUGUUCUUGUGUCAGGUUAUUAUCAUCGGACUGUGACAAAACUGAGUAAGAACCCAGAGUCACUGGAACAAUAUUUUCAAUGGUUCUUGGAAGGAAACGUGUCCUAUGGAUCAUGGUUCGAGCACAUUUGUGGCUGGAUGUCCAUGAGAGACAGGGAGAAUGUCCUGCUGCUGAGUUAUGAAGAGCUGCAGAAGGACCCAAGAAGCAACAUAGAGAGGAUCUGUCAGUUCCUGGGAAAGAAGUUAAAUCCAGAAGAACUGGACUCCGUCCUCAAGAACAGCUCCUUCCAAGUCAUGAAUCAAAACAAGAUGUCCAACUUUGAAAUACUGUCUGAAACUUUCACUACUAAGAAUUUCAAAAUUACUAGAAAAGGUAAAAUGCUGUGGUUUCACAAGGUAUGAGAACACUCGGAGGGCAUUGUGUGUUCACCGCCUGACACUAAAGGUGAAGGAGUKGGACCUUUUCAACUUKAAYMMUUCAUGGCCCAGAGCCUCUCGUGCCCUUGUGGGAAAGCUGUGUUCAUGGGACUGG